GAAGUUUAUUUUCUUUUCCGAAAGGUUCCUGUUGACGAAUAUGAACAAGUUGGCAGAUUGAGAUUGUCACAUUACUUAAAAAUCCUGAUUAUUUUGAACAAAGUCAAUAUGGAUAAAGGAGAUGAUAUUGCCCUCAACUUUGGGGAAGAGGACGAAUUAGAUAGAAGACAAAAAUUCAAACAUCCGUUAGCAGUAUUCUUUCAUAUGUUCUUCCGCUCAGCAGCCAUUAUUUUAUAUUUUAUGUGUGACUUCUUCAUCGAUAGUUUUGUGACCAGUUUUGUUAUGAUUGUAAUUAUGCUAUCAAUGGACUUUUGGACUGUUAAAAAUGUAACAGGUAGAUUAUUGGUCGGGCUGAGAUGGUGGAAUUAUGUAGACGAUGAUGGUCAAAGUAAUUGGGUGUAUGAAGCAAGAAAGGGGGCACAAAAGAAAAAGGUUACUGUAGUUGAAGCUAGAAUAUUUUGGUUAUCAUUAGUUGCGUGUGAAAUUAUAUGGAUAUUCUUAAUAUUUUCAACAUUAUUACGACUACGUUUUGCUUGGUUGAUGAUAGUUUUAGUUGGAACGGCAAUGAAUGGAGCUAAUUUAUAUGGAUAUAUAAAAUGUAAAUAUGGUGCUAAUAAAAAAUUAUCAACAGUAGCUACAGGUUUCUUAGGAAAACAAUUAUGGACUUCUAUGUUAUCUAUGGGGAAAUCAGAGACACCAAAUCAAACACAGCAGUAAAGUGACAGAUCUGUGGGACGUUAUAAUAAUGACUUUAUCUAUACAUCAUCUUGUUGGGAAUCUUGACAUAUUGUUUUAUUAUUUAUUUCUCAUAUAAAUAUCAUGAAUAAACUUAUAAACUCUGUAAA